AUGCCGCUGAACCCGAAGGUCGACCCUCGUUACUUCGUACUCAUUAGACCUGUGCCCAUUCCCACCCAGCAAGGCCUGAAGGUCCAGGCUCGAAGCAACACCAUCUACAACUGCUGGGAUGUCACGAGAGAGCAGGUGUUCCGGGAGAACUACCACCGGAGGAUCAAACAGCUCGCUCAACAGGGCUAUUUCAGCCCCAGCUGGAGGCCCUAUCAGGAUUUCGGGGAGCCUCUUUAUCUUGACCCAAGGAAACUCACCCUCUACGGACUGGGACAGCUACCCCCGGAACUUCCCAGAGAAGAGGUCUGCCUAGAAGAAGUAGUGGAGCAUGUGGAACCAGUGAGUUCGAAGAAGCUGAAACAAAAGGAACCUGAGAAGAAACUCCUGCCUAUUAGACACUUGGAAAAGGAUCUGAGGACUCUCCAUAGAGACCUUCAACAUACAAGGUGCUUGAUCAACUCCGUGAAGAUCGGGCGGGGGUAUUUCCAUACUCUGCACAGAGAGACUGCGGAGAGGAAGAUGGCUCACAAGCUGGAAGAGCAGAAAGAAGAGGAGAGGUGGAAAACUGAAUUUCGGGCCCCUAAAGCCCCAUUGUCCUCAUCGUCAGAUGAGGGGUCAUCUGAUGAAGAAAUAACUGAUUUCUUUAUGACAGAAUGUCCCAUUAUGAGAGAGAGGCAGAGGAAGCAGAAGAAGAAAAGGAUCCGGCCGUUCACUCCGUUCUAUAACGGCCUGCUGGCACAAAAACAUCCGGAUGAGCAUUUUGAAUCCAUCUUUCGGCAGCUCUGUGCCCUCAACUGGCUCUUGGAAGCGCUGACUCUUGAACCCAACACCAGCAUGAAGCCUCUGAUCACGUGCUGGAAUCCCAGGGACUAUGGUGGUGGGAAAAGCUCCAUGAAGGUGGUCAAUAAAGAAAAGGCAGUGAGGACUCGAUGGGAACACUUUCUCCUGCACACAAAGGGCAGGAGGUUCACCCAGAAAGGGAUCAUCCGCGGUCCAGUCAGCAAGAAAAUGCUCAAGAGGCCCUCCACCGUGAGCAUGACCAAGGUGUCCUCCGCGCACAGCAAGACCACGCUGACCAGCACCAGCUCCCUGACGCCCGUCUCCGACGAGGUGGUGCAGCUCCCUUCCGACAGCGCCAAGGAGGUGGACGAGAUGGAGUCCAGCUACAGCAAGCAGACCAAGGAGGAGGAGGAGCCCCUGAGCUACUACCUGCAGACGUUGCUUCAGAUGAUCCACGAAGACGUGGCGAAGAAUUUUAGUAAAGAAAACAUGUUUUGGAGCACGAAACGGCCCCAGUCGCACGCCUUGUCGAGGAUCUCCGAUCCAGAGAGCGACGUAUCGUUUGGGCAGCGGCCCAAAAGCUCAGUUUCAUCUUCGAAGGAUGACAAAACCAGCACGGGAGCUAUGAGAGAUGGGACCUCAGAGCAGAGGCCCAAGAGCUCCCUGGCAGUGACCCUGAGAGAAGACAUUACGACGACAGCAAUCUAUUUGGAUGAGGAGAGCUCCGAGCAGAUCGGCCAGCCUCAGAGCUCCUUCAUCAGAAGGAAAAAAGAAAUGUGCAACGAGAUGAAGGAGCUGUUUUUCGAGGUGGCCCAAGAAAACGCUUUCAGGCUGCACGACCAGCUGGACAUCUUGGAAAAGAGGCGAGAGGAGAAGAGUAGGCAGAAGUUUGUGUGUCUGAGGAGCACCACCAAGCUACGGAAAGACCUCGAGCGCAUGAGGCAUUCGGUCCUGGGGAGAGAACCAGAGCAAGACGCAGAGGAAGAGAACUGGUUUUCCACUUUGCUGGAAAGGAUCCCGGAGGACGUCAGGCGAGACCGCCGUACCCAGAAAGUCCUUAAGAAACUGGAACGGUUUGGGAGGAAUCCGGACUUGCGCAUCCGUCCGCCCACCUUCCUGAAAGUGUUGGGCGAGCUUCGGAUCUGGGAAAUUUGCUCUCCGAACAUCAGCGCAGCUGUGGAGUUCCUGCGUGAACAUGUUGUGGAGAUGCCUGCAGAUGAUUACAAACAGUGGCUGCAGUCCCGAGUGCCAAUCCCCAAACGAACGCAAAGCGCCCCGCCGCUAUGUUGAACAGGGUCAAACG